UACGCUUUUAUGUUGAUAACACUUUCUUUAUAUGCAUGCAUAUUAUUUUCCAGACUCCAGACAUUUGGCUUUGUAAAAAUUAAGUUCUUAGACGGACAAGUGAAAUUAAUGUAUGAGUCGACUGCAUUUGAUUCUAGUUCGUUGCAUACACAUGUAUUUCUUUCUAACUUUUGCUAUAUUUGGCUAUAAUUGUAUCGGACUUCAAAUUUGUGAAGAUAGUUUAUAAUUUCUGAAAGCUUCAGCAACUUGGUAUCCUGUAUCCCUCUUUCCUCUUUUGUACAAAUCCUCCUUCUCUAUGCGAAUGAACUCUUCUAAGAAUUUGAAAACACAACAGGAAAUGAGAAGUUCUGCAUAGCACAGUCUUGGUUUUUGACUCACCCUUUAAUCACAAUUUAGCAUCUGCUAACCUCUUAACCUACCUAUGAAGCUGUUAACCUUCAUUAGGCUAAAAUAAUGUAUCUUUUGAAAUUUUGUACUUAUGUUGUACCAGGCGAGGCUAUAUUGGUUUGACCAGUUGGUGGUUUCACUUUCUAUUCAUGAUCGAAUUCUGAUGUAGUUGACAAUGAUUUUAGGACUAUUUUGGUAACGCCUUCUGGUAGAAAUAGGGCUAUUUUAGGUAGAUAUAGUUGAUUCCGUGAACCACUUUGCCUAUGUUUGGCUCCUAUUUAUAAAACUCAAGCCACUUUUUAUCGGCUCAUUUCAAGAGACUCACAAGUAUUACUGAUAUAUCCUUCACUUGUUUCUAUCUAUUUAUUAUUUAAACUGCUUAUGAACACUUGUCAAACAUGUGUAGAGAUUUGCUAAGAAGAUUUGUCACUAUGUGCCUUAAGUUUGUUAAACUCUGUCUUCCUUCUCUCAUUCAUUGAUGAUUUAUUGGGUCUGUUAUGGUACCUUCUUUUGUUAUUUAUCAAGAAGCAAUUAAGGUAAUGAGUUCUUUGUCCUUUAUUUAUAUGUCAAUCGUACUUGAGUAAAUUCAAUUGGCAUUGAUGCUAUUUUAUUCUAUAAUGGACAAACUAGGAGUUGUCAUGAUUCAUGACAUGUUAUCCGUAUGAUGAAAUACUUGGGAGUGGUGGUAUGUUAUAUUUGUUGACAUCACCGAUACAUUAGUGAGUGCUACUAGUUAUGCUUUGACUUUCCAAUCUAGAGAGUUGCCAUAGAUACUUAUUGCAAAUAUUCUAGGGUGUGUACUUGACUAGGAUUUUAGUGAAUUUUGAAAGAUUAUAAAUCUAAUUAAUUGCGUGAAUUUGAAUAGAUUUCUAUUGAAUCCAUAAGAAUUUCGUUAAAAAUAAUGAAGUUUCAAAAGAGUUUGUUAUGUGUAUUUUUAAGCUUAAAAUCAAUCCAAAUAUCUUGAAAUCCUUUUAAAUCGACGAAUUAUUGGGGUCACUUAGGUUUUAAUGGAUUUCAAUAAAACUCAUUAAAAUCUCAAUUUGGGACACCUGAACUUAAAAAGACUUCUAAAAUCUAUUUAAAUUACAAUUGAGGACACUCCACACAAGUUUUUGUAACUUGGAAAUUUUUUCAUUUAAGGGGGUGACUGGAAGAUUAAGCACUAUUAUAUUGAAUAUUUAGAAUGUUUAUUUGCACAAGAAUAAUGUCACAUCAUGCCUUUGUUCAUGUUUCUCUUUUUGCAAAUUUGAUUAACCUUUUUUUUUUUUUUAUGAUAAUUGUGUUAUUUAUUGCUAAUUAUACAAGAUGGCUUACCAUUAAUAUAACUUCUUACUCUUUGAAACUUCCUUUCACUUCGGUCAUCUUAUCUUGAUGAUCAAGGAAUCAUAAUCUUGAUUUCGGAGAUCAAGGAAUCCAUGAAUGGGUUACUAAUAAUAUAGAUACAAAUUGUCCUUCGGGAGCAAGAAUUUCCAGGAACGUUAGGAACAUUUUGGUUUCUCUUCUUUUCCACGUUCUAAUGGUUUGAUGUUUCAUCUUAGGCAAGAUUGGGAAAAAUUAAGGAGUAUGCUAUCCUUCUAUCUUAAGCAGGUCCUGUCUCAAUAUCCAGAGUCGAAAAUGACCACCGAGCAGCAGAUUUCUUUAUUAGGAGAGACCUUCUCGGAGUUGGUGAAAAGGUUGGAUGAUGCUGUUCAUAGCUUCGAUGAAGGUCCUCCAUUUACAUUGCAAAGGCUUUGUGAGAUUCUAUUGUCUGCAAGAAACAUUUACCCCAAGCUUUCAAAGCUCGCUUUGGCUCUAGAGAAGAAUCUGUUGGUCACAUCUACAUUGACUGUCUCAAGUGAUUCAUAUCCUCCAGCAACCAUACAAAAAUCUAAUGGAGCUUAUGAAAAGCCUGAGAAUCCCCAGCAUCAGGCCAAUUCAGUAGAAAAUGGGGUUGAGCCUGCUGUAGGGGAUGGGGAUGAAAUAAUGGCUGAGGCAGAGGAAACUGAGGUUGAUGAAGGUAUGACAAUAGACAUGGAAACUAUUGAAGAAAUAGCCAGAUCGUCAGAAGCAAAUUCAACUCCGACUGUUGAGUCAUAGCAUUGCAUUAAGAGUUCUACAGCAUCGAUCUCGUAAUAUAUUGUCUUUCAGCAAAGACGUGAAAGCUAGAGGCUGAAUGGUGCAUAAAAGCAAUAUGGAGUCUGACCCUUUGUAUUAUUAUCAUUUAAAAUCCUCUUCUUUCAGGCAUAACGUAUAUAAUCAUCUGCUGAUACUUGAUGCAUAUUUUAGCAACUUAUGCCUGAAGAUAAGAAUGGUUUGGUAUGUUUCUUCAUUUGGUUAUCAAGUUUUGCAUGAUUGCAUUCGAUAA